AUGUUUUCCGACACACACUUCAAGGACUUGCUAGUUUGGCCCAAUUUGUUGGUCAUUUUUGUCUUGUGGCUUGCAAGUCUUGUAUUCUAUCGCGUGUUUCUCCACCCACUUGCCAACUUUCCAGGCCCAAAGUUGGCUGCUGUUACCAGAUAUUACGAAGCGUAUUUUGAUGUCAUCCAGAAUGGCCAGUAUACAUUUAAAAUCGCAGAAAUGCACAAGAAAUACGGUCCAAUCGUUCGAAUCAGUCCUUACGAGCUACAUGUCAUCGAUCCAGCGUUUUUCGAAAAACUGUAUCGUCAGGAAGGACGGUGGAAUAAAUAUGCCUGGUCAUUAGAUGCUUUCUCAGGCAAGGGCGCAAUGAUAUGUUCCACUGAUCACGAUAUUCACAAAACCCGUCGGCAACCACUGAAUUCCUUUCUCUCAAAAGCGAAAGUUGCCAGCCAACAAGUACUAAUUCGCCAAAAUGUCGAGAAGCUUUGCGACAGAAUCACAUUGUUCAUCGACUCUGGCGACACCAUCAUUCUAGGCGCUGCAACAAGCGCAUUUGCGCGAGACGUCGCUACUGAAUAUAUCAUUGGACGAAAUUAUAAUAGUCUUGAUCUUGAGGAUUUCAACGUUGGUAUGACGGUUUUGCUUCAAGGUUCUGGUCGUAUUUGGCGCAUCACCAAGCACAUAACAUGGUUUGGUCCCACCAUGAAAUCGAUGCCAGUAGAUUGGGUGAUCAAGGUCGCAGACGCAGGCAUGAAAGCGUUUUUCGCGUAUCUGAAAGAAACGACCAAAGACACGAAGGAACUCCUAGCGCAAGCGACAUCGUCAACUCCUGAUCAAAAGCAUCAGCGCACUAUUGUUAAUGAGAUUAUGAAUUCCAACCUACCGCCCGUCGAGAAAUCCUUUGAUCGUGUCUUUGACGAAGUAGUUACCGUGACGGGUGCUGGAUUUGAAACUAUUGCGAACGCUCUACGGUUGAUCUUUUAUCAUGUUUUCAGCAACGAUGAGAUUCUCCGGACGCUUCGAGUCGAGCUCAGAUCUGCAACGAAGCGUUCUUCCAGUGAUGAGAUAGAUCUCAAAACACUAGAACAGCUUCCUUAUCUCACAUCAGUCAUCAUGGAAGGCUUGCGUCUCAGCCCAGCAAUCGCUACGCGAAGUGCACGUAUCGCACCCGAUAGAGAGUUGAUAUAUGGCAGAUGGCGUAUACCUGCGGGAACGCCGGUGGGCAUGACGACUCUGCUGAUGCAUACCGAUGAGAAACUCUAUCCAGAUCCAAUGUGUUUCAAUCCUGAAAGAUGGAUGGAUUUUGAUGAUCGAAAGAAAGCGGAGAAGACGUUUGCACCAUUUACCAAAGGCACUCGAAUCUGUAUUGGAAUGCAUCUUGCCUGGGCCGAGAUUUAUCUGGUGCUUUCCACUCUCGUGCAACGUUUCGAUUUUGAUUUCAAAGACGUAAGCGGCAAAGAUUUCGAGUGUAACAGUGACCAGUUCAUUAUUGGAACCCCUUCGAAUGGUGUGCUAAACGCUACUGUUACUUCUGCAGAAAUAUCAUAA